AUGAUCGAUUUUGGGACAGGUGUAAGUGAUCAGGCCUCACUCAGCCAAUCAUCGUCCUGGUGUGAGACAGCUGGUGGAAGAAGUGAGCAGCAGGAGUCAUGUUUCAGGGACAGAUCAGACCAGGGCGGGACUCGAUCUCCAAAAUCCACCAAGUUGCAAAACUUCCGAUCAGCGGUUAGGGACCGUUACAAAACACAUCUGAAGAGGGAAGUUACCGCGGACAUCGUGACCAUGGCAGAUGAAGCAGCGGUCGUGGAGGAAGUCACCAGGCCAGCUCAGAGCCCGCUCAUCACAGUCAGCUUCCAGAGAAGCGCCCACAGGAAAGAGAAGUACCUGGAGGCUGAGCCAAAGGCUCUGGGGAUCACUCAGAUUGGCCUGAGUAUAUUUAAGAUCACCUGCACGGCUGUGUUUCUGAUCACUGGCCUUGGCCAUGUAUUCAUGGACGUAAUGUUCUUCAUUGCAUCUGCACUG